CCAAAUCGAAACGUUGCGUUUCAAGUUACUUUGAACAAACACGAAACAAAUAACAAUGACGAGCGCUUCUGAGUUCUGAUGCAUCCAGUGGGAGAGGACUACCGGAGCUUCUGCGAUGCCGCCGAAGAAGAAUUUCAGGAAACGGACCUUCCAAGAGGACGAAGAAGAUGACCCCUCGAAAGGAAUCGCUUCCGAUGAAGAAGAACAACGAAGAUUGGCGUUGGAGGAGGUGAAGUUCUUGCAGAAACAGAGAGAGAGAAAAUUGGGAAUCCCUGCUUUGCCUACGGCGCAGAAUAGCGUUGGAAAGGUGAAGACGACAGAGAAGAGCGAAGGGGAUGGAGAGAAGGAGGAGUUGGUGUUGCAGGAUACUUUUGCCCAGGAGACUGCUGUCUUGGUUGAAGAUCCCAACAUGGUAAAGUACAUUGAACAAGAAUUGGCAAAGAAGAGGGGCAAGAAUCUCGACACUUCAGAUCAGGUUGAGAAUGAGUUGAAGCGUGUUGAAGAUGAACUAUACAGGAUACCUGAGCACCUUAAAGUGAAGAAGCGUAGUUCAGAAGAGAGCUCGACACAGUGGACUACUGGGAUAGCAGAGGUUCAGCUCCCUAUCGAAUACAAGUUGAAGAACAUCGAGGAAACGGAAGCGGCCAAGAAGCUGUUGCAAGAGAAGAGGCUAAUGGGUCGGCCGAAAUCAGAGUUUAGCAUUCCAUCUAGUUAUAGUGCGGAUUACUUCCAGCGGGGCAAGGAUUAUGCUGAGAAGCUAAGAAGAGAACAUCCGGAGCUGUACAAGGAUAAUAACAGAGGGAGUAGGGAGGAUGGUAGGGAGGGACAGAGACCAUCGGAUACUACUAACGGUGAGGCGGGGAAAAGCAGACAAGCUGCCACUGACCAGUUCAUGUUAGAGCGCUUCCGUAAGAGAGAACGCAACCGUGUUAUGCGCAGAUAAUUUUUAAAAAAAAAAACAGUUUAUUCAUUACAAAAAAAAAACAGGAGGAGCCUUUUUCCACAGGUGUUGUUUAAGGAUUUCAUUGAGAGCUUUGUGGUCUGUUUGGGAAGUAACGUUUCCGAGUUCAUCCUUAAUCUCU